UGUUCUGGUGUUCUAUCCGAAGUCCGAUACAACAUUUGGCGUACGAGGAAAAGUCGGAAAGCGCGGAACCUGUCGGAAAUUGUGUAAUUACUUAUUGGAAGGGAAAGUUUCAGUGGCAGAAUCGGUGAAAAUGGAUUCAUUGAGACCCGUCAGACCUUUUGAUUCGAAAGUUGACCAGUCCCAGCUGGCAUUGGAGUGGAGUCGUUGGAAACGUAGUCUUGAAUACUAUUUGGAAGCAAGCGGAAUAGUCGGCCAGCGUCAAAAGCGAAAUCAGUUGCUUUUCUUGGGAGGAUCUGAUUUGCAAGACAUUUUUGACAACCUUCCAGGAGUAAAUGAGGUUCCUCACGUAGCAAUUGAUCCGCCAUUUUAUGACAUCGCUAUCGAGAAACUGGAUGCUCAUUUCCAACCCACUCGUCGACGAACUUAUGAACGUCACGUUUUUCGUCAAAUUUCGCAAAAAGUUGGAGAGCGAUUCAACGAUUUUGUAAUGAGACUGCGAACUCAGGCCAACAGAUGCGAAUUUGAUCAAGAUGGUGGAUCCGUACGUGACAGUAUGAUUAUCGACCAAAUCGCCGAAAAAUGCCUUUCUCCGGCUUUGAGAAAGAAGAUUUUGGAAAAGGACAGACCAUUGAGCGAAGUUGUUGCAAUUGGGAAAACAAUCGAGGAUGUGGAAAUGCAGUGUAAGCAGUUGGUUGGCGCACCCUCGGUUGAAACUGUAAACAACAUCAGGUCGAAUCAAAAUCUCAUUUUCCAAAAGAUGCCGCAGUUCAACCAACCCGAAAACUGGUCUAUGCUCCCUUCGAAGGAACGACAAUUCCAGUACUCAAGAGCUCAACAGAGAUCUUUCAUGCCGGAAUUCCGAGCAAAUCAGAAAAGUUCAUCUGGCGUUCGACCAAAUCAGAAAACAUUCGGAAAACGGACUUCGUUCAUCGAAACCAGAAUCUGUUUUAGCUGUGGACGACGUGGACAUCUGAAAGGAAGUGCGGAUUGCCCGGCACGAGACCAGCAGUGUGCGAAGUGUGGAUCUAAAGGACAUUUCGCAAAGUGGUGUACCAAACGGAACUUCGAGGGACCCAAAACAGAGCCUGUCGCCAAACGAAUUAAAGCAGUUUUUGGAGAAGAAAGUUCCCGGAAAGAGCUAUUGACGAGGGAAGAAAAGGAAGAUGAAAUUUGUUAUGUUAUGGGCCAGAAUGUCUUUCAGUUCCAAAUCGGGGGUGUUGGGGUCGAAAUGGCUAUAGACUCUGGCGCUGCUGCAAACCUCAUUGAUCUCGCAACAUGGAACAAACUGCGAAAAUCUGGAGCAAACUUCACUUUUCAGAAACAACCGGAUCGCUCAUUUAAAGCUUACGGGACAGAGCAGCCACUAAAGUUAGUUGGUAUGUUUGGAGCAGUCAUUGAAGCACAGGACAAUAAAGCAGAGGCAACAUUCUACGUAGCUGAGAACGGGAAACAAAAUUUGCUUGGGGACGAAACAGCAAAGAUACUAAAGGUUCUGAAGAUCGGUUACAAUGUCGGAGCAUUACAAGAAAAUGUUGGUUUUCCGAAAAUGAAAGGAAUCCUUGUGGAAAUACCAAUUGACCCCAGUAUCAAACCGGUUCAACUACCGUAUCGGCGAGUUCCAUUUGCAAUGGAGGAGAAAAUUGCAAAGAAGCUGGAGUACCUCAUGGAGCAAGAUAUCAUCGAGCGUGUUGAAGAACCAUCUCCGUGGGUAUCGCCAAUUGUACCCAUACUUAAGGACUCAGGAGAAAUCCGUUUGUGCGUCGAUAUGCGUAGGGCUAAUAAUGCUGUUUUGCGUGAAACACAUCCGCUACCAAUAGUGGAGGAGCUUUUUGCUGGUAUCAGUGGAGCGGUAAAAUUUUCGAAGAUAGACGUGAAGGAAGCCUAUCACCAAGUCGAAAUAUCGGAGAGGUCAAGGCCUAUUACAACGUUCAUCACGAAGCAAGGGUUGUUCAGAUACAAACGGCUAAUGUUCGGGAUAAGCUGUGCUCCUGAACUUUUCCAGAAAGUUAUGGAGUCUGUGGUAGCCGGACUAGAAGGAGUAGUAGUAUAUCUGGAUGACGUAUUAGUAUCGGGAAGAACUCAAGCGGAACACGACAAGAGACUGGAAUUGCUCCUUAACCGCAUGAAGGAGUAUGGAAUACUUUUGAACGAGGAAAAAUGUGUCAUUAACGUCAGCGAGCUUGAAUUCCUGGGUCAUGAAUUAUCUGAAAAAGGCAUACGUCCAACAGAGAGCAGAGUAUCGGCGAUCAAAAGUUUCCGUGAACCUCGAAACGUAUCAGAAUUACGCAGUUUCCUGGGUUUAAUUACAUACGUAGGACGUUUUAUUCCGCACCUAGCAGACAAAACAGAAUCACUGCGGAAGCUACUUCGAGAUGGUGAACGAUUUGUUUGGACGGAUUUGCACAAAGAAGCAUUCGAUUCCAUCAAAAAGGCAGUAUGUGAAUCAAAUUUUCUGGGUUAUUUCGACACAAAAGAUCUAUGCAUAUUGAUUGCCGAUGCAAGUCCGACUGGCUUGGGGGCAGUUCUCUUGCAACAGGACCAAAACGGAAAUAACAGAGUUAUAUCCUUCGCUAGCAAAGCUUUAACCCCCAUCGAACAGCGUUACUUCCAGACAGAACGUGAAGCCUUGGCUUUAGUGUGGGCGGUGGACAAGUUCCAGCUGUACCUCUUGGGAAAGCGUUUUAAACUUAUUACAGAUUGCAAGCCACUGCAUUUCCUUUUCAAGGAACGUGCCAAACCGUGUGCCCGAAUCGAGAGAUGGGUUAUGCGUCUUCAAUCGUACAAUUUUGAAGUAGUGUAUGAGCCUGGAUGCUGGAACUUGGCAGAUGCUUUAUCUAGACUUUCGGUUUCGGAAGCUACGGAUUUCGACGUGUCCGGUGAGGCGUGUAUAUAUCAGCUUGUGGUUCAGGAUACACCCAUACAGCAUACAGCUAUGUCCUUGGAAGAAGUUGAAGCUGAAUCUUGCAAAGAUACGACAUUUAUUGCUGUUUCUGAAAGUUUAAAAUCUGGCGUCUGGGAGGAAAAUGCAAAGGCAUUCAAACCUUUUGCAACAGAACUAUGCGUAUCCGGUAGUUUUUUACUGCGAGGCGACCGACUGGUUAUACCGGAAAAACUCAGGCAAAGAGCUUUGGAGAUAGCACACGAGUCACACCCAGGAAUAGUAGUGAUGAAACGGAGACUUCGCCAAAAAGUUUGGUGGCCAAUGCUGGACAAACAAGUGGAACAAUUUGUAAAACAAUGCAAAGCUUGUUCGAUGGUAUCCACACUGGAUCCUCCGGAGCCUAUGAGCAGAACAGAAAUGCCUGACCGACCAUGGAAGGAUUUAGCUGCAGAUUUUGUUGGGCCAUUGCCAUCGGGACACAACCUGCUCGUCAUAAUUGAUUACUUCAGCCGCUUUACAGAGGUAGUAAUCAUGAAACAGAUAACCGCAACUCUUACGGUGAAAGCAUUACAUGAAACAUUCUGUCGGUUCGGUAUGCCCACAUCGCUUAAAACGGAUAAUGGACCGCCAUUCGUGAGCAAUGAGCUGGACGUUUUCUGUAAGGAAUUUGGCAUCAAGCACGUUAGAACCACUCCAUAUUGGCCACAAGCAAAUGGCGAGGUCGAAAGGAUCAACCGAUCAAUUGGAAAACGUUUGAAGAUCAGUCAGGAAACAUACGGUUCGGAUUGGAAGUGGGACCUUCGUAUGUUCGUUCUGAUGCACAACUCAACUCCACAUUCCACUACGGGGGUAGCGCCAUCCACAUUGAUGUUUGGGCGUGUUUUGAAAGACAAAUUACCGGGGUUGAUGACCAGAAGCUACAACAUACUGGAGGAAGUCAAGGAUCGUGAUCGGGUAAGAAAAAUGCGAGACGGGGAUUAUGCGGACCAGCGACGGAUGGCCAAAGCUAGUGACAUAGAAGCCGGAGAUACUGUUAUUGUAAAACGGAUCCAUAAAGAAAAUAAGCUGUCGACAACCUUUAGCCCAGAGGAAUUCAUAGUUGUUGAUAGAACCGGUUCAGAUGUAACAGUCAAGUCAAAGGAGUCGGGAAAAGAACUGCACCGAAACACAAAACAUCUUAAGAAACUGGAUGCAAGAAACAACACUGAUACAACGAAAGAGAAGCGAUGCCCAGACGAUGACGAUAAGGAAGCUGAAGUUCCAGUCAACCCAAGCAUCGAGAACCCGGAGACUGGCCCCGAGAGUCAAGACCAGAUGAAUUUCAGACCACGUCGAGAAGCGAAACGGCCAGCGUACUUGGAGGAUUAUCAAAUAAAUAACUUUAAUAAUUCGUAAAGAAAAAGAGGAAUGUAGUGUCGCUCUUAUUCCUAAUAUAGCUUGAAUGUGUAAAAACCUUGAGAUGAUUGUACCUUCAAAUACAAAUACCUUGGAGUGUUGCAUUAUGUGUACAUUGUAGAGUUGGUGUGUAGAAUUGGAAUAAAGGAUCAAUUGUAUUUCGUCGCGCAACCAAGUCACAUGUGUUCUGGUGUUCUAUCCGAAGUCCGAUACAACACUGUUCAUCGACUUCAAAGCGGCAUACGACAGUAUCGACCGCACAGAGCUAUGGAAAAUUAUGGACGAGAACAGCUUUCCCGGGAAGCUGACUAGACUGAUAAGAGCAACGAUGGACGGUGUGCAGAACAGCGUAAGGAUUUCGGGUGAACUAUCCAGUUCAUUUGAAUCUCGACGGGGACUACGACAAGGUGAUGGACUUUCCUGCCUACUAUUCAACAUCGCCCUGGAAGGUCUUAUGCGACGAGCCGGGCUCAACAGCCGGGGUACGAUCUUCACGAAAUCCAGCCAAUUUGUCUGUUUUGCGGAUGA